CUGUGAUGCUUGAUUACUUCAAAUCGAAUUGGUAAACGUUGCCAAACGUUUGCGAUAACUGAUUGGACAGUAUCGAAUGUGAACGUGCCAGUACUCAAUUAUACAUAUUAAUCCUUUAGGUUGUAUGCAUUAUAAUGGUAAGUAGUGCGACUGAUACUGAUAGCAGAACCCUACACUUACUACACAUGCAACCUUGUAUGUGUGCGCAUAUAUAAUAUGUACAUUGUACAUUGUUAAUUACGGUCAAUAGAAAAGGUUUCUUCAAAUUAGUUGUCUGUCCCUCAUGCGUGGGAGAAGUUGACAUUCGGAUAGUGAAAGUUUAGUGCCUGAAAAGGAUUUUUAUUUUUGAUUUAAAACUUAUUAAGACAGUACAGUGAAGAGUCCAACAGCCAUACACUAUGGUAACAGAAAAAUCCAACUCAACCAGUAUCCUGCAACACAUCGAGGCAGGUCUAAAUGUCCUCAAUCAACUGUGCAUCGGCUUUAUUACAUUUUGGAUAUCAUGGAACUGUCUACGUGUUGGCUUGACGGGCAUUCGCCUUCACGUCUGGCUGGUAACCUUCGGAUUUGUGUUUCUGAUGGCCGAGGCCAUGAUGUGCUUCUACAAUGGCAACUGGCUGACACUACGAUACACUCGCAAGCGCAAAACCGCCAUUCAUGUAGUGCUCCAGAUUCUUGGUGGCGGCAUGGGCGUAGCUGGUUGCCUCGUCCAGCUGAUACGUGAUGACUGGUCCAUUUCAGUGACCAUCCAUGCGAGAUUGGGGUUCGCAGCGUUUAUUCUGUGUCUAAUCGCCCUCUUAAGUGGAAUAACCGCUGUUCUGGCGCGCAGCAUGUCCAAGCUUGUGUCGCCGUUGGCCAACAAAACGUUUCAUGUAGUUCUGAGCCUGGGCACAUUUGUGACUGCAAUGCUUGCCCAGUUCUACGGUUACACACAGACAGGUAUAUUUAAGGGACAAGGACAAGACUUUGUUAUUCUUAUGCAAGUUGUGACGAUGAUCGCUAUGGUCCUAACUUGUAUUGCAGCGUUCAAGUCGCUGUAUCACAAAUAUGUUAGCUUCACAAGCUAAGCACAUUGCAUAGAAGCCUGAGAUUUUAGUUCCUAUUAGUAACUUAACAAUUUAUGUUUAGAACUCACUUAUUAUUAUAAGCUAAGUUAAUAAAAUGCGAAGAAUUUAAUUCAAAUA